AUGGCUUCGACCGAAGACUCUCCUUUAUUACCCAACUCGUCACCGCAGUCCGGUCGCCCGCCUCGCUCGGUGACGUUCAACCCGUUGGCUACAAUUAGCACCUAUGGUGGAACCAGCGCCUCCGAUCCCACCUUUCGUCCAUUGCAGACAGGGUCUCCUCCGGUCCAGAAUAUCAAUGCUCAGGGAGCACAUCCUCGCCAAGGUCAGCCUAUGCUGUCCGCCUUGAACAGCAAGCUCCGCCGUCGAAACAGCCAUGGCGCUCCUUACAACGCACCGCCGAAUGCAUCACCCACCGCUCCCAAGAUUGGUCCGCAGCGAACAACCAAAAAAGCGCAGAAAUUGAAGCUGCUGCCUGAUCCUGUCACGGCCGAAGAGGAAGAAAGUGACGGAGAGUUCCCUCGAGAUGUCUAUUCACAAAUUACCCGUAUCAAGGAGCCUGCGGCACGAAGUCAUGCGGCAAGACUGGGCAAAGCCGACCGUGAUCGUAUCCCUCGAGUGACGGCUUAUUGCACAUCCGACUCAUACCGACUUGAAGGUGUGAUCAAGUUCCUCAAAUCCCGAUCCAAGACUCGCGGCGCGAAUCCCAAGUUGUACGAUGAAUGUGUCUACUCUCCGUUUGACUAUCAGUACGAAGAGAAGCAGAAAGGCACUAGAAUAUUCCCGAACGCCGGAGGAAAUGGGCCCAUGGAGCGACGACCAAGUGAGCGGAGAUACUCCGACAGUGCUGUGGAGGUUGAAGACAACACAAAAUCCCGCAGGGAGGACCUGAUCGACUUCCGAGACGAGGCCGGUCAUGCCGCCGAUGUUACCCCAGAGCACGCAGUAGCAACAAAGCAAUCAGACGAACACUUCGACAUCGAUACCACGAUCCAUACUCCUGAAGUCUUUCUUUUCGAUUACGGAACUGUUGUCAUAUGGGGCAUGACGCCUGCACAAGAAUCGCGCUUUUUGUCUGAUAUAUCGAAGUUUGCCUCCUCGAUUCUGAGCCCGGAUGACACGCAAAUUGAGAAUUUCAAUUUCUACUAUGCGCGCGAGUACCAGGCUCGCAUUUAUAACGACUUUAUCUCCCUUCGUGACCCUCGCAACCACAUGAUUAAGCUUGCCAUCUCCCAUGCCCUGGCUCAGUCGGUCAAGACCUCCCUUUUCGAGGACCUUGUGUCUGAGACUAUCUCCGACACCGCGCCAUUGCCUGCGCAGAUUGCGCAAACGGGUAGCGUCAACCUCACGAGACGGCAGAUCAACAUGCAGAUUGGGGAGCUCUUCAUUCUGCGCAUCAAUAUCCAUCUGCAGGGCUCUGUUCUCGACAGUCCGGAACUGUUCUGGGCAGAGCCGCAGCUGGAGCCAGUGUACCAGGCUGUGCGAAGCUACUUGGAGAUGGACCAGAGAGUCGGUCUGCUCACUGAGCGAUUGGACGUUAUUGCCGAUCUUCUUGCCGUCUUGAAGGACCAGUUGACACAUCGUCACGGAGAAUAUCUCGAAUGGAUUGGUGAGUGA